CGCCGGCGCGCUCCGACGUGCCCUGGAACUUACCCUCCCUCGGAGACCAGCCUGCGGGGACGCCGGGCAGCGGCGGCCGCCGAGCGAGCGCUCCUCGGGCGGUCUCUCGGUCGCUCGGCCACAGCGCCGGGGGAGGACGGGGCUGCCCGCCGCGAGCUCUGCGACCCUCGGUUUAAAUGAAACACCAGAUGUUCGCAGCUUUCCAAGUGGAAGGGUUGUGCCAGUGCAGCCAGGCCCCGGCACAAUGAGGCGCGGCACCUGUCUGGAGAGGGGGCGCCACUGAGGGAAAAUGGCGGAGAGGAGCGGGAAGAUCGCUGCCGGCCAAGCGUACAUCGAGGUGGAGUAUGACUAUGAGUACGAAGCGAAGGACAGGAAGGUUGUCAUCAGGCAGGGCGAGCGGUACGUGCUGGUGAAGAAGACCAAUGACGACUGGUGGCAGGUCCGGGCGGAUGAGAGCUCCAAAGCCUUUUACGUGCCGGCACAGUACGUCAGGGAGGUGGCUCGCAAAGCGCUGAUGCCGCCGGGGAAGCCGCUGGCCGGCCUGCCGGGUAGCUCCGGGAAGACGGUACCGAGCGUGCACCUGCAGAGGCCGACGGAAAACGUCAACAAGAUGCCUGAGCUCUCAAGUUUCGGGAAGCCAGUGUCCUCUGCUCAAGGCACAGGUCUUAUUCGUGAUGCCAAUCAGAAUUUCGGACCCAGCUAUAACUCAGGCCAGACUGCUAACCUCAGCCUGGACCUGAGCCACAAUAACGGAAAGUUCAUUGACUCGCACUCUCCCAAAUCGGCCAGCCAGAACAGGACACGCCUGUUUGGGCACUUUCCUGGCCCGGAGUUCUUGGAUGUAGAGAAGACCGGCUUCUCCCAGGAGCAGGCCUGUGACUCCGCUGGAGAAGGCUCAGAAAGAACACACCAGGACUCGGAAUCCGGAGAUGAGCUCAGCAGCAGCUCCACCGAGCAGAUGCGGGCAACGACACCACCUAGUCAGGGAAGGCCAGACUCUCCAGUGUAUGCUAACCUGCAGGAGCUGAAGAUGUCGCAGUCUGCUCUGCCUCCGCUUCCCGGGAGCCCAGCCGUUCAAGUCAACGGGGAGUGGGAAACUCACAAAGACAGCUCAGGCCGCUGCUACUACUACAACCGGGCAACCCAGGAGCGAACCUGGAAACCGCCCCGAUGGGCUCGCGAUGCUGGCCCAGGCCGCGAGUUCCAGAGCCUAGGAGAUCAAGAGCCUCUUUCGUCAGAAGAGAACUACCACAGCGGUUGUUUGAGCCAGUCAGAUAGUCAGUGUGGUUCUCCUCCAAGGGGUUGGUCAGAAGAGCUGGAUGAACGUGGGCAUACCUUGUAUACCAGUGACUAUACUAAGGAGAAGUGGCUCAAGCACGUGGAUGACCAGGGCAGGCAGUACUACUACAGCGCAGAUGGCUCCCGGUCCGAGUGGGAGCUGCCCAAGUACAAUGCUUCGUUCCAGCAGCAAAGGGAAAUCUUUAAAAGUCGGAGCUUGGACAGGCGGCUGCAAGAGCCGAUUGUGCUGACCAAGUGGAGACACAGCACCAUUGUGUUGGACACCAACGACAAGGAUUCUUCAACUACCACAAAACUCUGCUUACCUGAAAAUGAAUCUCCUACCUCAUCAAAGCAUCAAGAUCCAGGUCAGGAGAAAUAUGGAUUGCUAAAUGUAACAAAAAUUACUGAAAAUGGAAAAAAGGUUCGGAAGAACUGGUUGUCUUCUUGGGCAGUGUUGCAGGGUCCAUCUUUACUUUUUACGAAAACUCAAGGAAGUAGCACAAGCUGGUUUGGAAGUAAUCAAUCCAAACCAGAAUUCACAGUGGACCUGAAGGGGGCAUCGAUUGAGAUGGCGUCGAAGGACAAAUCCAGCAAGAAGAACGUGUUUGAGUUGAGAACUCGCCAGGGCACAGAACUGCUAAUUCAGUCUGAUAAUGAUGCUGUUAUUAAUGAUUGGUUUAAAGUUCUCAGUAAUACUAUCGAUAACCAGCAGGCCACAGAGGCCGACGAAGCAGCUGAAGAGGACGCGCCCGAGUUCACCGGCCUGGAGAAGCAGGACAAAGAGAAGGACCAGAAGGAGCUUAAGAAGCUACGCUCAAUGAAAGGAUCCAGCAUGGAUUCUUCGGAGCAGAAGAAAACUAAGAAAAACUUAAAGAAGUUUCUUACCCGACGCCCCACUUUGCAAGCUGUUCGUGAGAAAGGUUAUAUCAAAGAUCAGGUAUUUGGAUGCAAUCUUGCUAAUCUGUGUCAAAGAGAGAAUGGGACAGUGCCAAAAUUUGUGAAAUUAUGCAUUGAGCACGUUGAAGAAUACGGCUUAGAUGUGGAUGGUAUCUACAGGGUGAGCGGUAACCUCGCCGUGAUCCAGAAGCUGAGGUUUGCGGUCAAUCAUGAUGAGAAACUGGACUUGAAUGACAGUAAGUGGGAAGACAUUCAUGUCAUCACCGGAGCACUCAAGAUGUUUUUUCGAGAAUUGCCAGAACCUCUUUUUACGUUUAAUCAUUUCAAUGAUUUUGUUAAUGCAAUUAAGCAAGAGCCGAGGCAGCGCGUCCCUGCUGUGAAGGACCUAAUCAGACAGUUGCCAAAGCCAAAUCAAGAUACAAUGCAGAUUCUGUUCAGACACCUCAGAAGGGUCAUAGAACAUGGAGAGAAGAACCGAAUGACCUACCAGAGUAUAGCCAUCGUCUUUGGCCCCACCCUGCUGAAGCCAGAGCGAGAGACGGGUAACAUAGCCGUUCACACGGUGUACCAGAACCAGAUCGUGGAGCUGAUCCUCCUGGAGCUGAGCACUGUCUUUGGACGCUGAGGGCCAGGGAAGACAGCCUGUGGACCGGACGGUGGUGCCAAGACUUCAAGUCCUGUGCCUGGUGUGUUUCCUUGUGGACCAAGCAGUGGUUUUGACUUUGCACUUUGUGAGGGUCAGAGGGGAAGAGGAGAGUGAAGGUGCCAGCUGGCCCUCAUCUGCUGCUUUGCUCAAGCAGACAGCAAGCUGUGACUGUGUGAUUUUGGAUUCAUUUUAUCCUGGAUGCUUGUAUUUGUAUCAUAAAAAUCAAAACUCAAAAAUCCCCCCCAGUCAGACACACUGGAUAACUCAGUAAGGAACACUAUGUGGGUCCCCCUGUGUCAUUGUCCUUGCUGUCCCCAACCUCGAUACUGUGGAACCCUUCUCAUGGCCUGUAAGCUCUUCACGUGGUACACUGGUAGUCACUGUCAGUCAUUUUAAAAUGCUCUUGGGUGAGCCCUGAGCCCUGCUUUCUUGAGGGCUCUCCGUGAGGGGCAGCCUGAAGUGCUGCAGCUCAUCACCCAGGCAGGGUCCCUCGGGGAUGGUUUGCCGUCUGACUUUCUGUCUCACAGCGCCCUUGCUGGACACCGUAGUUGCUCAUUGGGGCAGCAACUGACAGUACUUAAAACACUGUGAGACACUGAGUUCUGGUUAGGCUAAGUCAAAUCAGGGUAUGUGGUACCUGUCGGCUGUACCGAACCGUAGCUGACGAUCCUUAUUCUAUUUAGUGCCAUAUUGAGUUCUUGGUAUGACCCUGUGGAAACACUGAUGUAAAUAUGGGGUAAGGAGUUAAUAUAAUUAGUAUCUGUAUAUAACUGCUGUAUAGGCUCAGAGUACAUCUAACCUCGUGUUUCCCAUGGCCUUGUUAGCCGUUUCCAUGAACAUUAGGCUUCCUCCAGAAACAGGCCAUUACUGGAAAGUUAAACUGUGCACUUUUAGUUUGAACUCCAUCACUUCAGUGAGAACGGUACUGGGAAACACUGAACAGCCUGGCCAGCCAGUCAACACUACAGGAGGCAGGUAGGAAACUCACUCCAGAAUUCUCACCCCACUGUGGAAACCUGUGUAAAUUAGAGGGUGUUGGCUAGAAAACGACCCUGCAGAAUUCCCGUAUUUUCUUUUUACAUUACUAAUGACGAUUGAUUUGUAUAAUAAAGCAGAGUUUGGAAGGUUUUGUUACAGGGAGGCAUGGUCUGUUGAAGAUUUUUAAAUGUAUUUUUCUAGAUUAACUGCUGUAUAUGAAAUGUCUAAUCUAAUAAAGAAAACUAUAAGAUGCUUAGAGAUUUUUUUCCCAUUGGAAAUGUGCAUUUUGGUUCUUAAUUUUGUUGUUUUGUUUUGUUUUGUUUUUAUUUACUGGCAUAAUUUUAUACCUCAUUUUAGAAAAUCAACCAAAUCCAUAUUUCCUGUGGCAGAUUGACUUUUUCACUUUCUGUGUUUUCUCUUCUUUCUGUACCAACAUCUCCUUAACACCACACACCACUUCAUCAUUGAAAGGAAAUGAUUUAUGACCAUGAUUCUUCUUUUUCCUAGGAUUGCAUUUAUAAUUUUCAGAUUGCCUUCCUGGGGAACAAUUUGUGUGUGUGUAUGUAUGUGUAUGUAUGAGUGAGAUCUGUCCAGAACCUUUCUCCUAGGUUUUGUGGUGAAGAUACUGUUGUACUGUUGUAAUCUUCUUAAUAGGCUACGCUGCUUGACAGCGACAGAUCUUUGGGUAGGGAGACGGUCCCAAUCAGAACGUGUAGACCUAAGAUGCCAUUCGUAACCAGUGUGCUUUAGGGCUCCUGUGUCUCGACUGUGUACCAGGAAGUCAUUAGACUCAAGUCCGUGGCCUGUGGUGUUUCCUCUCGGUGGUCAUGAACAUGUCAAAGGUUUAAAAGUGUCCCGUGAUUCUUGUUUCGCAGUACACGUGUGUGCGCAAAGUCUUCAAUGUUGUAUUGCUGUACCACUAAUAAUUGUAAUAGUGUGUGUGUGUACAACGAGGUCAGUGUCUUGUGUUCUCAUCCGUUGUGAAUUAAAAAUGAUCAGUUUUUGUAAUAACAAAACCAGUGAUAUUUUCCUGUCUUAACAACUUGUUUUUUUUAGCAGAAAAUAUAUUAAACGUUAGAAACAAA